AUGAUUUUGCUUUAUUUUAAUAUAGCGGAGCAGGAGAACAUGCAAAAGAAAACCUUCACUAGCUGGGUCAAUUCGCAGCUGGAAAAGCAUUCUCCUCCUUCUGCAAUCUUGGACUUGUAUACAGAUGUUGGGAAGGGACAUGUUCUUUUGGAUCUGCUGGAAGUGCUUUCAGGACAACAACUGCCGCGAGAAAAAGGAUGCAACCCUUUCCAGUGCAGAAGCAACGUUGAGAACGCCCUGUGCUUCCUAAAGAACAGAUCGAUCAAGCUCAUCAACAUUCACGUUGCUGAUAUCAUAGAAGGGAAUCCAUCAAUCGUGCUGGGCCUCAUUUGGACAAUCAUACUGCAUUUCCAUAUUGAGCAACUAGCUCAGACCCUCGCUUGUGAUUACAACCGUCCCUCUCCGGACAAUGUGAAUGCUGUCGGAUCGUCACCCGCGGCAAGCCCACCGGCGAAAAGAAGCGCCAAAGCCAAAGAGAGGUGGAAGAUAUCAGCGAAGAAGGCUCUGCUGCUGUGGGCCAAGGAGCGGUGUGCCACGUACGUGUCUACGCGUGUUGCUGACUUCAAAUCCAGUUGGCGGAACGGAUUGGCUUUCUUGGCUGUCAUUCAUGCCAUGAGGCCAGACGUGGUUGACAUGGAGAAAGCGAAAAGUAGAUCCAACAAAGAGAAUCUGAAAGACGCCUUCCAGAUUGCAGAGAAGGAACUGAAUAUCCCCAGGCUGCUUGAACCUGAAGAUGUCGAUGUCGUCAGUCCAGACGAAAAAUCGAUCAUGACAUACGUGGCUCAGUUUCUCCAGUAUUUCAAAAGUUUACCUGCGGCUGAAGAGGAAAUGCAGGGGAAAGUUCAAGAGACCUUGAGCUGGCUGAACGCACAAGAGAAGAAGUUAAUGAAGUUGCUUACAGAGACAGAGGAUGCACCCUUUUACAGGAAGUUCCAAGAGAUGCUGUCGUUUACGGAAGCAUUUAACGAAGAGAAGAAAGCUUUCGUGCCUGUUCUGGCGUCGAAAAGAAAAGAGGCAGAGCUGAGUGAAGAUUCCCUCAGGACGCGAGAAGCGUGGGACAGUCUCACCUCUCAGAUGAAUGAAUGGAAGGCACAGCUGGAUCAGUCGUUGCCCCCACCUCUGGACACCCUUGAGUCCUGGCUCCAAGGGAUAGAACAGCAGCUGGCAGAAGACCAGCCGGAUUCUCAGGACCACUGCAAAGCAAUGGGUGCCUUGGAAGACAAAAUGAGAUCCAUCCAGAGCUCGAUGGGAUGUUUUGAAGAACGCUCGGAGACCCUGCGCUCCUUCCAAAACAGGGACGAGAUGGGCAUGCUGUCGGUCCCGCCUCAGAAGCUGGAGGAAAUGAGGAAGAGGUUCAGCAACAUUCAGCUUACAGACUUCAAUGUCCUUGUGGAAUAUUACCAUUUGUUCUGUGCAGCUAUACUAGAGGAUUUGACGUCAAAGCUGAACAUUUGGCACAUCAAAUAUGGGACCAAGGAGAGAGUGGAGGCCCUACUGUCGGACUGGAAUGGCUUUAUUGAAGAAAAAAGAUUCCUCGCUCAGCUAGAAUCGGCAUAUCGCACAUGUGAAGAGAAGAAGAACAAAAUCAUAAACACUGCUAAUUUUGGUAAGAUUGCCUUAAUGGUAGAAUCAAAGAUUUCCACAUGUCAGGAGUACAUUUCUAAUGUGAACGCAACUUUACAAAAGAUUUUGUCAUCCUGGGCCAUCUAUACGGAGAACAUCCACUUGCUAAAAGCUUGGCUGGAAGAGACGCGGAAAGCCCACCCUAAGAAGAUUCCCACGGAGACCCUGGCAGCCUGGAAUUCGCGGCACGGAUCUUUAAACGAAGCUGGAAACUUUUUGAUUGAAGCCAGUAAUGAGGAAGUGGGGUCAGCUCUUUCUGGGGAACUCAAAAAAUUGAAUGGAAAAUGGGCUAAGCUUAUGAAGAAGACACAGUUUGAAAUGAGAUUGCUGAGAAAGCAAGAAGAGCAAAUGAAGUUGGAAGCUGGCAGUAACGGAGGUGUGGAUUCCCCUGCUAACGUGCCACCAGAUCAGACAGUGGGUGCCUCAGAGGAGGCUCUGGAGAUGCGCUUUGAGAAUGCCGAGACUCUCCCUAGCGGUUUUUGUGCCGGUUUGCCUGCCCUCGAAGCGUCCUUAUCGGAACAAGAAAUCAAGCUAAAUUUCGAAGAGGCUCAGAAGGAGCUCGAAGCAUCUGUUUUAAAAGCAAUGCAGCUCCUUGGCCAGAAGAUGAGCCCUGAGGGACCAGUUUCAAAAUACGAAGAAGCUUUUAGCAUCUUGGACGCCCAAAUCCUUGGCAAGUUUUUGAAAGCAGCGGAACAGUGGAAAGAUGUCUCGCCUGCUCCCGAGAAGGCAGCGGUGGAAGAAAAGAGCAAAGACGUUUGUGAGAGAUGGGAGGCAGUUCGUCGUGAGAUUGUAUCCUAUAUCCAAUUAAAAAGGGAAAUUGAAAAAGGAAAAUUGAGUAAGAUUUUUUCCAAGCUCAACAAGCAGUUAAAUAAAGAGAAGAAACUGCUCAACGCUGGGAAAACCAAAGGACUUAUUGAGGAACAUGAGGCCAUCUUUUCAGAGAGCGGCAGCCUGGGCGAGCUGAACGCCAGCUUGCAACUUCUGAAAACCCUGAGUGAGAAAAUGGCUGAGGAGGAAAUGCAGCCCCAAACAAAGGUGCCGUUGGUGGAAUAUGAAGGAAAGAAGGAAGAUCUUCAGAGGCGGGCAUCGGCUAUCCACAGAGCUCUGGCAUCUCUGCCUGCUGACGGCCAUGCAUCAAAGAAACACUGCAACACAGCAAGAAAUAAUCUGAAGCUUCACCUGCGCACCAUCAGAGAGAGCAUAGCCUCUGGUUUUACUGAUGAUGUGAAAGACACUUCCUGCUUUCAGAACAAGCUGGAUGAGCUACAGGCUUUAGAGAGUAAAGGCGAUUCUUCAUGGAAGCAGUUUGAAGCGAUGGCCUUAAAGCUUGAAGCUGAAACAGAAGAAUAUGCGGACACUGAAACAUCUCGGGAAGAACUGCUCCAAGAAUGGAACAAGCUCCUGAUUGCUUUAAAUGAGCGGAUGGAAUCUCUAAAGGCCGCUUGGGCGUUUGUUUUGCCGACAGAGAACGAAUGGGCUGUACUCUGCAGCUUGGAAAAGCAGCUCUGCAAAAGAAGUGUGCAGCAGUGUACGUUGACCAGCUGUGAUCUCACUGAUAAACAAUUGAAGGAAAUGCAGGCUUCCGUCGCGAACUGCAUCGAACAGUGCAAUCGAGUGGAACAGGGCAGCCCUGCAGGAGGGAGGCUUCACCCUGUAGAUCGGCAAGCAGCAUGCGUGAUGGUGGUUAAGUACAAGGAGCGGUUUGAAGAACUGGGCGAUAAGAUGGAGGCCGUUGGAAGGAUCCUGCAAGAGCUCAAAACUUUCCUGGCGUCCUUGAGGCGUUUUACGCAGUCCGCAGAUGGUCCCGAGGUCCCCUUGGAACCUAACUCCCUGCAAGAAGAGGUAUCCAAGGAAGAAGCCUUGCGGGAAGAGGCGAGAUCGCUGGACGAGAAGCUGAUGAGGGUCAAUGUCUCCUUGGAAGGUGCCGAUUGUGGCAAAACGACGUGUAGCGGGAUGCUCGGCGCGGCUUUGCGUGCGAAGGAGAGCGAUGCUGGCGGCUCUGGGGAAAAACACAGAGUUGCCCAGGGCUCUGAAGCGCAGGUGGAAUUUGCCACAAGGGCUAUCGAGCUCUUUAAAAAUAUUCAAGAUAUACACGAUAAGAUUGGUAAAAUUGGUUUGAGGGACCCGACAAUUCCUGCUAUUCAGCAAAGGCUGAAAUCGUUAAACGAACUGAAGCAGAAGCUGAAUCGCCACGCUGCGGAAAUGAAAUCCUUAAAGGAGAUGACUGGUCAACUUUCACAAUCCACAGAGGCAGCUGAGGUCAAUCGACGGUGGGCAGUGAUGGAAGGCUUGUGGAACGAGACAAAGCUGUGUAUCACUGAAAGGCAGGAGCAGUGCGCUCAGGCGAUAGAGCUUUUGAAGCAGUAUCACAGCUGCAAAAGCUGCCUGGCAAGCAUUACUCAGAAGCAAGAGCAUACCCUGUCACAGCAAGCGUCUUACAUGGGGAAAGAGAACCUGCAGAGGAUAAUGGCCAAGGUCGAGGCAGCCAAGAAGGAGUUCAGCAGCCACGCCGAAGACAUCGACAGGAUAAACCAGCUCAGCAAAAACCUUCAGUUCCAGCUGAACAAAAUGAAGAGCUUCGAGGAGCCCCCCUUUGAGAAUGAGGCCAAUGUCAUCAUGGACAGAUGGCUGGAUAUCAACGAGAGGACUGAGAAUUAUUCUGAUAAUCUGGGAAGAGCUCUGGCCUUGUGGGACAAGCUCCUUAAUUUAUCCAGCUCGAUCGAUGUGUGGACCAACUCGAAGCUGAAGAACGUAGAAGACCAUCAUCUGACUGAAGAAGAGCUGGCAGAGUUGGAGGCUGGUCUACAGUACCAAGAAAAAAACUUAGAGGAAUUUGACAGAAAAGUGGAAGAAAUACAAGAUCUCCUCCAAGGCAGUGAGCCGCUGCUGGAACUACAGGUCAUCAAAUCUUCUCUUUCGAACAAAAUGGAGCUAAUAAGAAAGCACUUACCCAACAAGUUGAUAACCGCUGAACUCAACGGCAGUACGGCUGAGCUAAAAGGGGAUCUUGACCUGGCCAAGACGCAGAUUGGAAUGACCGAAUCGCUUCUGAAAGCUUUGUCUCCCUCGAACACUUUGGAGAUCUUUACUAAAUUGGAGGAACUACAUCAGAGGAUUCUUCAACAAAAACACCAUGUGACAUUGCUCCAAGAAAAGAUGGGUUGUUUGAACCCAGAUGUGGCUGAAUUAAACAAGCAGCUUACGAGUGUUAUUGAUUUGUUUAAUUCAAAGAAGCAAAUUUUCCAGGAUCACUUUUCCACUCUCUUGAACUAUCUGUGUAAGGAUUUUAAUGACUGGUUCAGCGGUACAUGGCUGUCUCUGAAGGAAUGUUUUGAUCCCUUGGAAACAAAAGAGCUAUUAGAAGAGAAGCUUCAACAGCUUAGGAGCUUCCUAACGUUUGAAGGCAAAGGCGAUGACAUUCACGAGGUGAAGACUCUCCUGAGCAAGGUGAAGAACUACCUGCCCAAAGCCACCGUCAGCCAGCUGAGCGGCUGGGUGAGAGACCAAGAAUCAGAGUUACAAAGAGUAACUUCCGAAUGUCAGGCCCGUGAAAAAGAGCUCCAGGCAUCUUUGCAACAAUUUACCAGGCUCGAAGAAGAUUUCAGUGCUCUGGAAGAAUGGCUAAGUCUUCAGGAAGAGAAAUGGCAAGACUACCAGAAGGAGAAUCCAGAACUUGAACAUGUUUACCGAAUUCUGUUAAAACAGAGAGAGUCAUUUGAUUCUUUAGCUUGGUUGGCAAACGCUUUGACGCAGUCUGGAUUUUCAAGCGAUGAAGUGGUGCUAGAAUCUGCAGAGCUGGCCGACAGGUACGAGACGUUGCUCUGUCACGUGCGUAAAAACCUGGGAGCUUCUCAGGCACUUUCUGUGGAAGAAAAGAACUUGGAGGAACUUGCCCAGAACAUGUUCUCCUGGGUGCAAAGAGUGAAAGAUUCCAUCUCUGAGCUGAGGUCUGAGGAAGCCAAGAUGCCGUUGGAAGAAAGAUUAUGCCGGAUAAAGGAAAUCGUACUGCUGAAAGAUGAGGGCUACGCAAAGCUACAAAAUGUUGCAGCUCUUGGGGAACGCUUGAAGACUGACGAUAGGAGCAAGGCGCUGGCUGUUCAGGAAAUGGUUUUCGACCUCCAAAAUCAGUGGGAAUGCGCUGUUCAUCUGGCCACUGACUAUCUGAGACAUCAAGAGCAAUUCCAAAGUCAAAUGGAACAAGACAGACAUAGAGAGGAAGAAGUCAGAGCAGCGCUGUGUGAAGUGGGACAACAGACCCAGGAAUUAAGUCUCGAUCAUCAGCCCACUUCACCGGAGAUACAAACGCGGUUAACAAAUUGUACUGAACUCCUACAGGAAGCAGAAGGCUUAAGCAGUUUGUUGAAUGAAUUAGAAAGCCAGCGCAGUUCCUUGGGGGAUGGCGUUGGAGGAACCUUUGCUGAAGAAUCACUUACGGAGUUAGAACAUCUCCAUGACAGUCUCCUUAGCCAGCUGCAGAACAUGGGCACACUCUUAGAAGGUCACGCUGAGGAGCACCGGCGUUGUGAAGAACUCACCGUGCGCUUGAGGGCGACACUGAAGGAGCUCUUGGAGGCUUCCGGAAGGGAUCAAAAGCAGGUACAGCAAGAUCCUCUUUGCCAAGCGGAAGAUACGUUACAGGAGAUUAUCGCUUUAGUAGAAUCAGUCAAGCAGAAACCCUCCCUGCUGGAACGGAAGCUUAUUAAGUACGGGACGGAUACGCCUAAAUGUAAACUCAAACGUUUCAAAAAUAAACUUGAAUAUGCAGAGCAAGAGGCUAGGAAUGUCCUCAGUGACAUGCUCAAACAAAACAAUGGCUUUUCCGAUAAAACACAGACCCGAGAGAAUGUAGAUGAAAUGACACCGAUGGACAAACUAGUCAUUACGGAUAUUCCCAUUGCUGCUAAAGAUAGCAGUUUGAAAGAAGGCCUUGAUGAGUGGCGGGAAAGAUCGCUGAAGGAAAAGGCCCAUGGAGGGAAAAACCAAACGGAGAGAGAAACAACGCAACAUUUCCAGACGUGGCUGACAGUUGAAGAGCAGCUGCUGGGCUCCAUAUCUGCUGACUCUGCAGAAGGCACAACUCCAUUAGUUGAGGGAUCCGUGGUGGAAGGAGUUUCUCAGAAAGGUCUUGCUCCACCUGAAGCCCAAGCAAUUGCUGAAUAUGCUGAGAUGGAGCAAAAGGUCAAUGAGGUGAAAAUCCAGGCUGCCGAUUUGGAUAUUGCAUUGGUGAAUGACCAGCUAGGGGAGAUAGAGCGUUUGUGCACCCAACUGGAAAAACAGAAAGCUGAUGUUUCAUUGUUACGGCAGGGAGAAUACCUGACCACUGCACAAGCAGGCGAGCCCAAUUGGUCAGACCCACACAGCCUGGUUUCUGGCUGGGACCAACUACUCAAAGAUUUAAUGACUGUUCAAGAGGCCAAACGGCAUCAAUUCCAGUUAGUUAAUAAUUACCAAGGAUGCCUUACUGCUAUUCAGUCUUCCAUGAAACAUUUAUCAGCGGAAAAAGAGCACAUCAAAACAAGGGCACCUAUGGAAGGCACGGGUCUCCUGGAGAACAUUCAGAAGUUCUUGGCUUCCGUUCAGAAAGAGAGAGACCUUUUAAAUAAGCUGAAGACCCAACAAGAACAUUUAUCUAGACAUCUUAAAGACAUGGACAAGGAGUUAACUCAAAGCCAGGUGGAGCAAGCUGAGCGGUGGUGGGAUCAGACAGAGCACUCGCUUCGAAGGAAGCAGCUUCAGGUCGCGGCAGAGGCCAGUGAAUUUAAACUCCUCAUGAGUAAAGCACAGGACCUGCAAAGGUCACUGGAACAGCAGUACCAUUUGCGAACGGGAUUAAAUGUUCCCAGUGGAGAAGCAAAUGUGCACCCCGCAUCGCUGACCAUAGAGCUGCGGGCCUUGAAAGACAGCGUCGCUCUGUUAAAAAGAGACACCGAGAUGCAGAUGAAAAGGUUUUGGAGCGAUUCAGAAAAAGGAGCUCUGGAAAACGCAAUGAAUGAUUUGCAGAACCAAGUGGAGGAACUCGAGCAGCUGACUCCUCGGGAGGGUGUCCAGGUCGCCGCUGGUUAUCUCCAGGCUUAUGAACUUAGGAAGAGGAUAGCAGAGGCCAUUUUGUGGGUCAGAGUCAAGGGGCUCCGUCUUAAUGAGAAGGCAGCCCUUUUCCCAGAUAACGUGAUGUCCCAAAUCAAAAACUGUCAGGCGGAGUUUGGAGAAGCUAAAGACAAAGAACCAGCUCUUAUGCAACUGGUUGAUGAAGCCCGGAGCAUCGCUUCUCAAUUAGAAUCUGGAGAGGCCUCGGCCCUCAGCUCUCUUUCCUUGGAGUUACAAACCGGCUCCCAAGACCUUGUCCUGAAAUUAGCGCAGAGGUUGCAACAGCUGGAAUCUCAGCUGGCACAGAGACAAAAGCUUUUUGCGGAUGUAGAAAGGGUUGAAGCUCGACUUGCAGAGGUCGAGAGAACCUUGGUCUCCAAUACCAGCGAAGCAAGUGACAUGUCCGACUUGGAGCAACGCCAGGCUGCUUUGGAAGGGAUUCCUAAGGCGCUUCGGGAAAUGGAAGGCCUUAUAGAUGAAUGUUUGAAAGACUCUCCCCAGGGGCUAAAGACAUUCGAGCAAUUAUUUUUAGAUGAUUGUUUAAGAAGCCUCAGGAACAGAACGAAGAGAGCCUCCAGGCUUCUCCAGAGCAGAUGCUGCUUAGUGCAAAGAAAGAUCAAUGCCUGGAGCAAGCUUUCAGAAAAAAUAACCAUGUUGCAGCAGGAUCUCAACAGUCCCAAGUGCAAUGAGUUGGAUUUUGAUCCGGGGGAACUGUUGAGUGCCGAGGCAGAGGUCAAGGGUAAAUCGAAUGGGUUUAAGGAGAGAGCUUUGGACAUCCAGUCCAGCUUGUCGCAUUUGCACAGGUACAAGGAAGUGUGGGAAUGCCUGGGCCUGAAAUGGGACAUCUCACGCCUUGACGAACUGCAAAGCCAGCUCUGCAGAAUGGUGAAAGGAUUUUCUGCCGAAUGCGACGGGGACCAAACACCACUGAAGGAGGUUGAAGCAGUCGCAUCUAGCAUCCAGAAGGACUGUGAGGCCUUAGAAGAUGGUUCUGGCUGUGCCCCUGAAACCAGUUUGAUAUCAGCAAAGAUUCUGAGUCAGAGAUUGCAACAGGCCAGAUGUUUAACUCAGGAGGAACUCAGCCUGUUAGAUAAAAGCGAGACCUUGGGCGCGUCUCUCAAGGAGGCCAAGAGGCAGCACAUAAAGAACUUGGACGUGAAAAUAGAUGGGUUGACACAAGUUAUACAAAGUCAGAUAUUGGCUCUUGAAGAAAAAUGCACGCCUAAGCAAGAUUUUCAGAGCAGACUGGACCAUAACUUGCAGACCUGGAAGCAAAUCCAAUCUGAGCUCCCGCAGCCCCUCGGGGUCGACUUAGAAACACAUAGGAUCCUCGGUGAAAAGAUGUACUGCAAAGCGCUUGAAGAGGUCAUAGAAGCAGAAUCUUGUGCUGCUGAGGAGCGAAUGGAUAAAGAGAGGGGAGCUGCAGAAGAAAAAUCUCUGGAUGGCCUGCAAACAAAAUUGGAUGAGCUGCGAAACCUAAAAGCGCAGAUGAAAGCGGACAUUGUCACACGUUCGAGCAUCUUAGAGGAGGCCUACGGGACUGUUAAGUCUUACCACAAAGCUGUCCAGAAGGCUGCGGAUCUUGUCCAUAAGAAUGAAUCCCUCCUCUCCUCUCCUCUGCUCAGCUUGAGCGAGCUAGAAGAGUCUUGGCUGCUUCCUCACCGUACGGAAGAAGAAUUUGAGGCAACAAAGUCUGAAGUGGAAUCACUGACCUCCCACCUGGGAAGCCUCAUUAAACCACACCUCAAGCCGCAGCUGGAAAAAACACUUUGUGAUCUACUUGCUAAAAGCUUGGAAGUAAAGGAGCAAAAUCUGAAGAGGAAAUCUGAUGUUCAGAGAUGUUUUGAAAAAUACCGCAGCUUUGCAAAAUCCAAAGAGAAGAUACGUGCUGAUCUUCACAACGUAGGAAAGGUUCUCGGGAAAUCUUUGUACCGUAUGCCAGGAUCUUACAAAGAAGCUUUGGAGCAGUCUGAACAAAGCAAGAUGUUGGCCUCUCGACUGGCUUCAACCGAAGAGGAUCUCAUGAACUUACGGCAGGACUUGGGAUACCUGAGCGCAACAUGCAAAGAAAACGACCGCCUGCUGAUUGCCGCCGUGGUGUCAGCUCUGUGGCUGAAGUGGCUGAGCUUGCUCGAGGCUGCCAGGGAAUGGGAGAGCAGAUGUGAGGAGCAGCACCAGGAAUGGAAAUCCAUCAGCGAGGAGAUUGAGCGAGAGACAAUCAUUCUAGACAAUCUUCAGGAAGAUUUACCUGAAAACACCAAAGAGAAAGAAAGAUCCACCAAGGAGGAGCUGCAGGCAUUUCUGGAAUGCGCAAACUGUUACGAGGACAGCGUGAAUGCAGAGGAAUUAUUCCUGCUCUUACUACUUCACCGCAUAAGGCAUGUUCUAAGCAUCCCUCAGGGUCCCACUGAGCAGGGAGAAGACAUUCCUGUUGUGAGGGAAAUUCAAGUUAUGCAAGAUCGACUGAAAGAGCUCGAACAAAAGGCUCAGAAUCAAAAGGAUGUUGUGCUUUCUGAGAUUCAAGACCGGGCCAAGGCCAGUGAUGAAAUAGAUGCUGUGAAGAAUUCAUUGCAAGAUACCAUGUCGUUGCUCCAUGGCAUCGACUUAGAGGCUCUUCCUGAAAGGACAGCAAAACUCGAGGAGAUCCAGAGAGCCGUUGAGAGUCAGAAACAAACCUUUGAGCAGAUCAUGGAUAGACUGAGAAUCAAGUACUCCGAAAUGUACACAAUCGUUCCCGUUGAGAUUGAAAAGCACAUGGAAGACUGCAAACAGAUUUUACAAGAGUUAGAAGAAAAGGUCAACACUGAAGUCCUGAAAAAUUCCCCUCACUACACCACAGAUAAAAAAAUAGAAGACAUCAAUAAAGGCCUCCAAGCUGUUGAAAACAUGUUGCUGCAGAAGAGUGCAGAUGUAACGAAAGCCAAAGAAAUACAAAAGAGAAUCUGGGAUUUGCUAGACCUGUGGCAUUACAAAAUGAACGAGCUGGAUUCUGAAGUCCAAGACAUCGUAGAGCAAGACCCUUACCAGGCCCAAGAGCUGAUGGACCGCUUGAUGAUCCCGCUGCAGCAAUACCAGCAAGUCUCACAGUGUGCUGAGCACAGGACGAUGCAAAUAAACAGGGCUGCCAGCAAGAUGGAAGCGAGUGAUGAACUCCUGAAGAGCACCCGUGUUUGGCUAGAAAGCACCGGCCGUCUGCUGACAGAGGAGGCGAAGAGUGACUCUGCAAAAGAACUGAAUAAACAUGCCAGCGCACUCCAGAUGGCACUGGAAGAUUCGGAACAAAAGCAAAACAUCCUCAGCACUAUGUAUCCAGAAUUGGAAGAGUUGUCUGCUUUGAUUGACACUGACAGUACGGUGAAGCAAUUGAAUGAAGUCAAUGAAGAAGUCACAGCCUUGCAACAAAAGAUAGUGGGAAUUCUCCCGCGUAUCCAACACCUGGCGGAUGAGGUGGAAGCUAUUGAAUCGGAAGUGAGAGCAAUGGAGAAGGAUGUGGACAAAAUUAAGAUGAUUUUGUCCCCUUCCGAAGACACCCUAGAGUUUUCUCCCAAAGAACAUCUUAAACAUGGCCAGGUUAUAUUGGCCCACGUUGGUCCCAUGAAGAAGGCCCUCGCUGAGAUACAGUCUUACCAAGAAGGUCUUCGGCUACCUGGCGUGAAGCUGCAACCUUUCUCCGUGUUCCAAAGGACAAAGCGGCUUUUGAAAGAUUUGAAGGCGUUAGAAAGGAUGACCAAGGAGCAAAACGAACUGCUCGAGCCAAUCGUAAAGCAGACCGAGCAAAUCGAGCAAGAGGUAGAUUGCCUGAAGCUGUUGCUAAAGAGCCACUUGGACGACUUGUCUGCAGAAACCCCAUUAACUGCUCAGGCUGCUUCCUACCCAAAGGGCAAAGAGAUGGAGGAUUUAAAGCACCAGAUCGCCCUCCUGUGCCAGAGGAAGGAGGACCUCUUGAUAACCAUGAAGAAUUCUCUACUGGAGCUUCACCAGCGGCAAGAGCAACCUGACCCUGAAGAUGAGAGUGUGGAAUAUCAAGCACUAGAGGACAGUGCGCUGGGUAGUGGAGGAGGCACUGAUAGGCAGCUGUCAAAGCGAGGCUCGCUGUCUCUUCUGCCUUCCGUGGUCGAAGAAGCAGAAGACAACUCAUUCCACAGUGAAGGCGAAUCCUCCUCCAUCCUGGUCACAAACACUGCAGAACACUUAGUGACAGCAUGGGGAGAUCUCACGGGAACGGUGGACCCCGGUAGGCCUGCCGCCCCCGAGCCGGCUCAGCUCCUCCAUGUGUGCCGGGCAAAAGUCGCCGAGCUGGAAGGGUGGCUCGACAAAGCGAAGGAAUCCCUGGGAUCGGGAGGGCCGACCCGCCAGAUGCAGCAGGCGGUGGAGCGGCAUCUUGCUGCCUGCCAGGUAAUGCUCUUAGAGAUUGAGCAGAAGGUGGGGUAUCUGCUGGAGGACUGCAAAGACAGGCCCGGCAGUGACAGGCUGGGCUUCCAGCAGGAAGCUGAGAGCCUUUCCCUGAAACUGAAGGAUGUGAAAUCCAACUUGGAAAAAGUCCAUGGCAUGCUGCAAGACAAAUAUACGGAAGAACAGCUCGUCCCAGUUGAAAAUACCUCAGAGGAGCCCUCCAAGCCUUUCCAUUGUGACUUCUCCAGCUCAUUUCCACAAACUGUCUCUGACAGGCCUUUGCUCAAUAGGCCGAAUGGAUUACAGCAGCAGCAGGAGCUGCUGUUGAAGUUGUCCGAACAGAAGAAACUCAUAGACUUCAUUGAAGUGUAUGUAGAGAUGAUGCAACCACAACCUGUGGACUGCCCAAUUCUGGAAACCAGUCCUGGGGCCACCAUCUUGGGAAAUGGACCCCCUGGUCUCGUUCCCAAAGACCCGAUGGGUGACAAGUGGCAAUACUUGGAAGAAGAGCUGCUGUUCCAGAUGAAGCCCCCUCACUGCCAGUUCGCCGAACCCCAGGUUAGCGUAGAAUACCUUUCUUGCUAUUCUUCUACACUGGACAAACAGAUUGCCACCAAAAUAAAUAUCCUGCCCAAGGGAACUGCAUCAAGUGGGAGAACUCCAGCAGUCGAGGAGCUGAAAAUGUACACCGCUCAGCUUGGCAAUCUGAGUCAAGAAGCGUCUGUUCAGAUACAGGAAACCACAAUGGGGGAAGUUUCCUUGAGCUUGGAUCAGAAACUGUUUGAGCUGCUUCUGGCCAUCAGCCACUGCCUGAACAACAUGGAGCAGAUGCUAAACACCUGUGUGCUCACCAGCGAAGAAGCCCCUGUGCAGCAGGAGCUUUAUGAGACUCUCCUGGUGGAGCUGGGGAAACUUCAUGCAGACAUCGGCGAAAAGAAGGGCGAUCUCCUGAAGUCUGUUACCUCUGCUGGGGGCAGCCCUGAUAGGUUCUCCCAGUGUUUUAGCAUCCUGCAGGCACGGCUGCAGUUGACACAAGAAGCCACUGCUUCUAGGGGUAAAUCUAUGAAAGCUGAGCUGGACCAUUACAGUAAUUUUCAGAACGAAAUCAGGCUAUUGUAUGACGCACUGAUUGAGAAAAAAUCCACACUGCAACAGUCCUUUGGUGCCAUGAGCCGGGACGCCGUUUCCAAGCAGCUCCAGGAAAUCAACACCCAUGAGUCAGAAGAACUCCAACAUUUUGAGAAACAGGCAGCAAAGCUGCAAGACCAAGCGGAGAGACUUAAUUUGCCUCUUGUUCUCAUCCACGACGUUUAUAAACUUGAGGAUGCACUGGAUGACCUUUGGAAGACACUGAAAACUAAACAAAGGGAGCUUACUUCUCCGUUUAUUAGCGAACGACAGUAUGAAGCUUUGUUGCGUGGGCUGGCAGAACUUGUGGAUCUCGGGCAAGAAAAAAUCGCCCAGGCGGCAGAGCUGAAAACUAGCAGUCGACCAAAUUUGCGGCUUCAUCUGCAAGAUCACAAGAAUUUUUUCUGCAAGCUCAAGGCUCACAUGUUGCUUGCGGAAACGUGUUCCAAAAGAACAGCGCCUUCUCUGUUGCAAACGAGAGAGAAAUUCUGGAAGGAGCUGGUUGAGGAAAUCAAAUCUUUGGAUCAGCAGGCAGUCCGACAUGGAACCCAUUUGGAGAGACUGUUGCAGGACUGGAUAGAAUUUGAUGAGGCUUACUCCUCUUUCUGCCAAAAACUAGAGGCGCUGUCGUCCUCUGUGCCUUCUGUAGCUCUGGUGGAAGAAACGGAAGAAAGGUUAAUGGAAAGGUCUGGCCUCCUCCAGCAACUCAAAAGGAACAUUGAAAAAGAACAAGGCAGGUAUCAUCAGAUACUGAAAGACGGGAAGAAAUUAAUGGAGCUCGUGAGCUGCCCUGAAUUGGAAAACCAGGUUGGGAAAUUAGAAGACCAGUGGACAUCCCUUUCCAAAAAAGUGGGCCAUGAGCUACAGAGACUGGAGACUUUGUUCAAACUUUUGUCUGGCUACAACCGAGAUUCGAGGGAGCUGGAGAAGUGGUUGGAGUCUGCUCAGCAGAGGGUGAAUUUUUGGAAAGAGCAGUCUCUCAGUGCAUCCCAGGACCUGAACGCUGUCAGCAACAAUAUACACAGCUUACUUGCCUUCUUAAAAGAGGUUGAUGAUAAGUCUUCCUUGAAAUCUUCAGUCAUCAGCACCGGCGAUCAGCUUUUGCUUGUUAAGGAAUCUGACGCCGCCAUGUUCCGAUCGCUUUUGGCAGAAUUCGAGCAGAAGUGGGCAGAUCUGAUCGCUCAACUUCCAGGCAUCCAAGAGAAGUUUCACCAGCUCCUGGUAGCCAAGCUGCCAUCUAAUGAGGCCAUCACAGAAUUAAUGGCGUGGAUGGACCACGUAGACCAAGAUCGAUGCAGGGAGGCCUCUAUAACUUCGCAGAGUACCACAUGCCAAGUGAAAGACCUUCUCAAGAAGUACAGGGGACACCUGAUAGAAAUGAACUUUAAACAGUGGAUCGUGGAUUACGUCAACCAGUCGCUCCUCCAGAUGACGACGGGCGACGUGGAGAGCAAGCGAUACGAGAGGAUGGCCUUCGCGGAGCGUCUGGGGGAGAUGAACCUGCAGUGGCACCAGCUGCAGGGGACGCUGAACAAAAAGAUAAAGGAAGUGGAGCGCAUUUUGGAGGCUGUUACCGAAAAUGAAAACAGAGGUCAGUCCUUGGGCAGUUGGCUUGAAGCCCAAAGCGGACGGUUAAAGCUUCUGGAGAAGCCGUUGAGUUUCAUCCAUGCGCAGAACACAGCAGAAGAAUGCAAGACGCUAGAAAACCAGUUAGCCACUAAAUCGGAGGAUAUGGAUCAGCUGAAACAAGCUUUAGGUGACUGUGCGGAAAUUCCUGAGGCAGCAGCGUCAAGAAUCAGUGAACUGGAUCAACAGAUGACCAGAGUUGUUAACCAGGUUGCUGUGCUGAAGGCCUCCACCCAGACGGUGUUAGAGCAGUGGAGACUUUACGAGGACGCCUGGGAUGAAGUCAAGCUUGCCCUUGCAAGAGCUCUCUAUUGCACAGAGUGCAGCAAGCCUCCUGUGACUACGCUGGAGACCUUGAAAAGCCAGGUGGAAAGCCUCCAGUCUCUUCAAGAUAACGCGGAGGGCGGUGAAGAAAUCUGGACCAGACUCCAUGUGGCUGGUGGUAAUCUGAUGAAGCUUUGCGAUCCCUCGUGUUCGGAUCUUAUCGACCAGAAAUACAAGGAGGCACACACAAGGUGGGUGCUGAUCAACGAGGACAUCGCAGAUCAGCUGCAGAAAGCCCGAACUUCUUUAGACCUCUGGGAAUCGUACACCAGCUUGCACGCCGAGGCAAUGGCCAAGCUGGACAAACACGAUGAGCAGAGCACUUCCCUUUUGGCGGCCGCCAUCCCUGCUAGUGGCACGAUGGACUUCCUGAGCCAGAAGUCACAGGAUAUCAAAAAACUGCAGUUUGGCCUUCAAAACAUCAAAGGACGUUUUCACCAGGCUUCUGAGCUGGCAGAGAAGAUAACUCAGGCUGCUGAGCCUACAGCACUGUCCUUUCUUCCGGAGAAGCUCCAGCCACCUCAAAGGAUCUCCUGUUCAGAACAGAUGUUGCAGAUGAAAGUGAACGAGUUUCAGAUUAGUCUUUUGCAGCUAGAAGAUUUUGAGAAUCGCUUGGAAGGACUGGAAAAUUGUGUUAAGGAAGCCGUGGAAGCCCUGGACAAUCCAGAUCGAGGUGAUGAAGGCUCUGAUCUGCCCAUGAGCCAGAUGUUGGGUCUUGCUGCUUUGUCUCCUGAGAUGGAGCGUCUGAACGAGGUCAGCUUCAAGUUGCCACUCAGUGACUUCACCGCUAAGCGAUGGCAGAGCAUGAACUGGCAGUGGGCUCAGAAGACCGCAAUGGCUCUGGAGCAAUGCAGCAAACUGCAAGACAUUCAGUCGGAAGACAAGUUUCUUCCGAGAUGCCAGAAAUGGGUUCAGUUCUUUGAGACGGCGAAGGAGUGCUUGAAAGAGAAUGUGGCCGGGACUCUAGAAGAGCUAGAGGAACAACAAAGAGAUUAUGAGAUAAUGCAAGCAGAGAUUUCUGUCCAUCAGCCGAUUUUUAAUUCCAUGGUGUCAAAAGCUCUGCACAUGGUGGAAUCAGGAGAAGCCGGAAACAGGACUGAAUUCAUCUCCAAGCUCACCCUGUUGAAGGAGCAGUGGCAAGGGGUCGUCCGGAUGGCUCAGAGGAGAAAGAGCGAGAUCGACGGCCUCGUAAAGCGGUGGCACAAACUCAAGGCCUUGCUGCGAGACCUCGCGAAAUUCCUCGAGGAGACCAAAAGCUUCAUGGCUGCAUUGAAGAGCCAGGACAAGUACAGCCUGCACCAAGUCCAGAAUCUGAGUCACGACUUCAAGUAUAAGGAAGUCCUUCUUCGGAGGUGGCAAACCAGGUAUUCUUUAGCCUUGGAUAUUGGGGAAGAGCUCCUUGGCGUGGCAGACCCUGAAGCAAAAGCUGUCAUGCAGAAAGAGAGUCGUCAACUGCAAGAGAGCUGGAGCAGCACUCAACUUCAAGUGGAGGAGAUCACGAAACAGUUUCAGGGCACCAUACAGGUGUGGGAGAACUCUGAAAGACAGGUAAAAGAGCUGUGCCAGAAGUUGCAAGAGCUCAAGGCGAGAAUAAAAGAUCCUCUCCCAGCGGAACACGAUGAGCUGCAGGCAGCAAAGGAGCAUAUGAAGGAGCUGGAGAAGUCCCUGGCCAGCUGGAACCGGAGCCUGAAGACGCUUGGCACCAUGAAGGCCGACCUGGCGCACUGUCUCCUUGCCGAAGACGUGAUGGUCCUCCGGGAGCAAGUGGAGAUGUUGCACACGCAGUGGGAAGAGCUCUGCCUCCGCGUUUCUCUGCGCAAACAAGAAAUCGAGGACCAGCUCAACGCCUGGAUUGUGUUCAGUGAAAAGAACAAGGAGCUCUGCGCUUGGCUGGUGCAGAUGGAAAGCAAAGUGCUCCAGUCGGCAGAUAUCAGUAUCGAAGACAUGAUAGACAAACUGCAGAAGGACUGCAUGGAGGAAAUCAACCAGUUCAGUGAAAACAAGCUCGUUCCUCUAAAGCAAAUGGGCGACCAGCUGAUCAAGGCCAGUAACAAGAGCCAGGUGGCUGAAAUCGACGAGAAACUCAACAAAAUCAAUGACCGCUGGCAGCACCUCUUUGACGUCAUUGGAGGACGGGUGAAGAAACUGAAGGAGACUUUUGCUUUCAUACAGCAGCUCGACAAAAACAUGAGCAACCUUCGCACCUGGCUGGCUCGCAUAGAGUCUGAGCUUUCCAAGCCAGUUGUGUACGACAUCUGCAACGAUCAGGAGAUACGGAAGAGACUUGCAGAGCAGCAGGAUCUCCAGCAGGACAUUGAACAGCACAGUGCUGGUGUCGAAUCGGUGUUUAACAUCUGUGAGGUUCUGCUGCACGAUUCCGAUGCCUGUGCCAAUGAGACUGAAUGUGACUCCAUCCAGCAGACCACCAGGAGUUUGGAUCGCCGGUGGAGGAACAUCUGUGCUAUGUCCAUGGAAAGGCGAAUGAAGAUCGAGGAGACCUGGAGACUGUGGCAGAAGUUUUUAGACGACUACUCUCGCUUUGAAGACUGGCUGAGGACAGCGGAGAGGACCGCCGCUUGCCCGAACUCUUCAGAAGUUGCCUACACUAAUGCCAAAGAAGAGCUAAAGAAGUUUGAGGCAUUUCAGCGUCAGAUCCAUGAGCGGCUGACACAACUGGAGCUGAUCAACAAACAGUACCGGCGGCUCGCCCGGGAGAAUCGCACCGACUCAGCCAGCAAGCUCAAGCAAAUGGUCUAUGAGGGGAACCAACGGUGGGACAACCUCCAGAAACGCGUGGCUGCCAUUCUCAGGAGACUCAAGCACUUUACCAACCAAUGGGAGGAGUUUGUGGGGACGAAGGACAGUAUCUUGGUGUGGCUGACGGAGAUGGAUCUGCAGCUGACCAAUGUGGAACACUUCUCCAAGGGCAACUUCGACGAGAAAAUGCGGCAGCUAAAUGGUUUCCAGCAGGAAAUAACACUGAACACCAACAAGAUCGUCCAGCUCAUCGUGUUUGGAGAGCAUCUGAUUCAGAAGAGCGAGCCGGGAGAUGCUGUCGUGAUCGAAGAAGAACUGGAGGAGCUCCACAAAUACUGCCAAGAAGUCUUUGGCCGCGUCUCUCGGUUCCACCAAAAGCUGAUGUCCUGGCACCCGGGGCUAGAGGAUGAAAAAGAAACCUCUGAAAAUGAAGCCGACCCAGAAGACUCCCAGGGCAUGCAGACCGAUCCGUGGCACAAGAAAGCUGCGCAGGAGGUACCGCCCUCCUCACAGUCUCUGUGCCACCUCAUGCCCCCCACAGCGGGACACGAACGGUCAGGCUGCGAGACGCCAGUCAGCGUGGACUCCAUCCCCCUUGAGUGGGACCACACCGGAGACGUGGGGGGCUCUUCCUCUCACGAGGAGGAGGAGGAGGAGCCGUACUACAGCGCUCUCUCAGAUGUAGAAAUCACUGAAAAUCCUGAGGCCUAUCUUAAAAUCACCACAAAAGCUCUGAGAACAGUUUCGGGUAGGCCCCUGCCGCUGCAUGUCUCCCAACAUGACCAGUUCCCCCCCCCCCAUGGCGCACGGAAAUCCGCAUCCGAACCUAACCCGUGGCUCUCGGCGGAUGGCUCCCCUUGCCGUAAGCAUCCAUAUAAUCAGGGGGAGAUGGUGAGAAACGUCUUGCUGAACAGCCCAGAGACAAGCACGCCCUACAAGCCGAGCUACGUAAAACAACUCAGCAGCAGCAGUGUGGACAGCACAAAGGAGAUCUCCGGGAUAUUGCCCAGCGAAGAGUCUCCAGACAGCAAGGGCCUCAUUGGUGCUGCCACUAUGGAGAAGCAAUCAGGGGCAAUGGAGAGGUGGGAGCUCCUUCAAGCCCAGGACCUCAGCAACAAGCUGAGGAUGAAGCAGAAUCUGCAGCAGUGGCAGCAGCUGAACUCCGACCUGGCCAACAUCAACGCUUGGCUGGAUCAGACGGAAGAGGAGCUGGAAGAGCUGCAGGGGGUGGAUCCAGUCGCCAGCAUGCAGACCCUCGAGCAAAGAGUCAAGAAGCUGAAAGAGAUGCUGAAGGCCUUUGACCACUACAAGGCUCUCGUGCUGUCCGUCAACCUGACCAGCAGGGACUUCAAGCAAGCAGAGAGCACGGAGUCCAAAGAACUUCAGAACCGACUCCGGCGGGUCAACUUACGCUGGGAGAAGGCCACUCAUUUACUGGGGAUUUGGAGGAAGGGCUUGCAAGAAUCCCUGAUGAGUUGCCAGGAUUUCCAUGAGCUGAACCAGAAACUGCUGCUGUGGCUGGCCAGUGCCGAGACCCGGCGGCACCGAGCGCAAGUUAAGGAUCCAAAUGCCGAUCCCCACGUGAUACAGGAGAGUCAGAAAGAAUUAAUGCAACUAGAAAAAGAGCUCCUGGAACGGCAGCUUCAAGUCCUCACCCUGCAAGAAAUUUCCACAUACUUGCUCGCCAGAUCAGAUGGAGGGAAAUAUAUAGACGCGGAUGAGAAAGUGCAUGUCAUUGGGAAGAAACUAAAGCAGCUUCUGGAAGGGGUCUCACGUGACUUGAAGAUCGCACGGAGCAGCCAGGAUAUAAGCACAUUCCUGCCAGAUGUGGACCAGCUAGACUCUGGAGGGUUUGUGAAAGAAAUGAUAGUGGAGGAGAGGGGCACGGUCAGCCCCCCAGCUCCUGAGACCCCUUCCUUCUUCUACCGCGUGUUGCGAGUCGCGCUGCCCCUCCAGCUUCUCUUCCUUCUCCUGUUGCUUUUGGCCUCCAUGGUCCCAUCUUCUGAGGAAGACUACAGCUGCACCCGGGCCAACAAUUUUGCCCGGUCCUUCUACCCCAUGCUGCAGUAUACCAAAGGACCCCCACCAACCUAA